UUUGCAAAUUGCACCAAACAAAACUACUUUACAUAAAACAACAGACAAGAUAACUAUUUUACAGAUUGCUUAAGAAUUGUUUGGUAAAGAAGAUCAACUUCUCAAGAUGAACCUCGUACAGAUUCUGUGUACCAUUUUAUUACUGGGGGUUUAUGUAAAUGCUGGACCUGCUAUUUUCUCUCAGUCUCCAUCAGUUAUUCCUGUGACUCCUGGACAGACUGUCACCCUGGAAUGUGCUGUGAAAAAUGAAAAUGUUUCAAGAAUUAACAUGCUCUGGAUUCGUCAGUCACCUGGAAAGGCCCCUGAAGGUGUCCUAACUUACAGAGCUGACAACAAAAUCUACAGAGCUCCUGCGAUUUCAGAUCGAUUUAUACCUUCAAGAGAUAUAGUCAGGAGUUAUCACCUUCUCACAAUUAAUAAUGUCCAGGAAAAUGAUGACUCCAAAUACUACUGUUUUAUUUACUAUGGUGAUGGGACUCAAGCAUGGGGCGAAGGAACUCGCAUACAAGUUCUGAAAAGUGACUUGUCUCCCCCAUCUGUUCAAGUGUUUCGCACCCCAGAAGAACAACUCAGUGGUUCAGGUUAUGUGACUCUCAGCUGCCUGGUGAGCGGUUUCUUCCCAGGGUACAUAGACAUCCAGUGGACUAUGGAUGGUCAGCAAGUGACAGACAACGUUCAGUCCAGCCCGGUGUCUUUGGACAGCAGUGGAAAUUCCUUCUUGGCCGUUAGUUACCUGAAGCUGCCCAUUGCUAAGUGGAAGACUGAUGUGAGAUACUUCUGUAUUGUCACUCAUGAAUCCAGUAAGAUGCCAGUCAUUGGUUCUGUGGCACUUCAAGACUGCAAUUCCUUCUAAAGGGCUUUGGUUCAGCUUCUCAGAUACCAAAAGUAAAAAACAAAUGUGUUUUUUUAACUAACUUAAAAGAUACAGCAAUGUGCUGUAUUUUUUUUUCUUAUUAAAUGUAAUAUCAAUAAAAAACUUAAAUCUGAAA